AGUGCAGUGAACACAAUACCAGUUUGUCAUACAUCACAAAACAUAACACAUAACCUAAAACUGUGCCUCUAGGUUGACUGACGGCAAAGACUGAAGAAAAAACAUUUCUUAGUUGUUUAUAGUUUCAAACCUUAAGCUUCAUGGCUUCUGCUUCUUUGGAAGAUAAUAACAUCUGGGAAGAUGGAGAGGAUGCACUCGCAGAGGAGGUGCUUCGCAUGUCCACUGAUGAAAUUGUUUCCAGAACUCGGUUAAUGGAUACUGAAGUAAAGAUAAUGAAGAGUGAAGUAAUGAGAAUUUCCCAUGAGCUUCAGUCUCAAACCGAUAAGAUUCGUGAAAAUGCUGAAAAGAUUAAAGUUAACAAAACUUUGCCCUACCUUGUCUCAAAUGUUAUUGAACUGCUUGAUAUUGACCCAGAGGAGACUGAAGAGGAAGGGGCUGUUGUCGACCUUGAUGCUCAGCGGAAAGGCAAAUGUGCAGUUAUUAAAACAUCUACUCGACAGACCUACUUCUUACCAGUUAUUGGAUUGGUGGAUGAAGAGAAACUAAAACCAGGUGACCUGGUAGGAGUUAAUAAGGACUCUUAUUUAAUUUUAGAAACUCUUCCUGCUGAGUACGAUGCACGUGUGAAAGCAAUGGAAGUUGAUGAAAGGCCAACAGAACAAUAUUCAGACAUAGGAGGACUUGACAAGCAAAUCCAAGAGUUAAUUGAAGCAUGUGUCCUUCCAAUGACACACAAGGAGAAAUUUGUGAAUCUGGGAAUUCAUCCACCCAAAGGAGUUCUUCUCUAUGGUCCACCGGGCACAGGUAAAACACUGCUAGCCCGGGCAUGUGCUGCUCAAACCAAGUCCACCUUUUUGAAGCUAGCGGGCCCACAGUUGGUGCAAAUGUUCAUUGGUGAUGGAGCUAAGCUUGUGAGGGAUGCCUUUGCACUUGCCAAAGAGAAGGCUCCAGCUAUUGUGUUCAUUGAUGAGCUAGAUGCUAUUGGAACUAAGCGUUUUGAUUCGGAAAAGGCUGGAGAUCGAGAAGUUCAAAGAACUAUGCUCGAACUUCUGAAUCAGUUGGAUGGAUUUAGUUCAACUACUGACAUAAAGGUGAUAGCAGCCACAAAUCGAGUUGAUAUUCUAGAUCCUGCUCUGCUGCGAUCAGGGCGCUUGGAUCGCAAGAUUGAGUUUCCUCAUCCAAAUGAAGAAGCGCGGGCCCGUAUCAUGCAGAUUCACUCCAGGAAGAUGAAUGUAUCUCCUGAUGUGAACUUUGAAGAACUUUCAAGGACCACUGAUGAUUUCAAUGGAGCCCAGUGUAAAGCUGUCUGUGUUGAAGCUGGUAUGAUUGCUCUACGUCGCAGUGCCAAUACUGUAAAUCAUGAAGAUUUCAUGGAUGCCAUCAUGGAGGUGCAAGCAAAGAAGAAGGCAAACUUGAAUUAUUAUGCAUAAACUUUGUAAAUAAAUUUUAUACUCUAUGCAAUAUGUAAAAUAUAGUUUAUAAAUCAUUAAGAAAAAAAGGACUUCAAAAUAAGAAAUCAAAGUUCCUGUCA